CUAGAAGUCAGGGUUUCCUUUGAUUGUGUGCCGCAGUCAUGUCCUCACAGCGAAAGAAGCUGUCCGCAUAUCAGAGAAUGGCUGAAAUGAGCUUAUGCAGCAGUUACAAUGGGCUGCACUACUGGCUGAUACCUGCAGUGGCGUUUUCUUUCUUCUCUGCCUUCUCGAGAAUGAGAAAGAAUACCCUUGGCCGCAGAGCUCCUCACAAUCAAACAUUCAGCCUUCCACUGCCUCUCCAGCUCCUCUGCACCCACGGCGAUCGAUGGAGCUUUGCCGUGGCCUUCGGGGCCCUCUUUAGCGUGUUCUUGGAGAGGAUGAUUGGCCCCGAGGUGGUCCCCUGCCUUUAUUACAAGCAUUCCCUGUGGAUCGUCGGUUUCAUACAAGUUCUCUCUGCCCUAGAAGUGUCACUGGUGCACUACCCCAUCUUCAUCUGCCUCACUCAUGAGAACGUAACCCUUGGAAACCUGCUUGGCUUUGUCUACACCCUGGCCUGGUGAACACUACACCUACCCUCAUGCAAUCAGAAUAUAUACUGUGUGAAAAUAUACUCAAGUUAAAAGAGCAUCAGUAUAUUGCAGUAAUUGAUUGGCAAAUAUGCUAAUUAUUGCCAUUUCCGGAUAUAAUAAUAUACUGUCUUCCUGUAAUAUACUGUACUAGUGUAAAAUACAUAUUUAUAUUAUCUCAUUAUUUACAAUAUAUUGCAGUAGAUUCUGUUUCUGUAAGGGUAUACACAGUUACUAUUGGCCCCUCCAGUUAUCAUCACAUACACAGUGAAGCUCAUGAAAGUGC